GGGUUUAGGGUUGUUGGUUCUUAUUUCUCUUUGAAUAAUUAUAAGCAGGUGACUGAAGACUUUCAAAUGGAUCGAGAACAAAACCAGAUGGAAACGCAGAAGACCGACGUCGUUUGUCCGUCCACUGCCUUAGCAUACCUCGACCCUCAUUACUGGGAUGAGCGAUUUUCUCAUGAGGAGCAUUAUGAAUGGUUCAAAGACUACUCUCAUUUCCGUCAUCUCAUUCAACAACAUGUCAAACCCAAUCUUUCUGUGUUGGAACUAGGAUGUGGAAACUCAAAAUUGUGUGAAGAAUUGUACAAAGAUGGGAUUUCUGAAAUAACUUGCAUUGAUCUGUCGGCUAUUGCUGUGGAGAAAAUGAAGGAGAGAUUAUUAUACAAGGGAUAUAAAGAAAUUAAAGUGCUGGAAGCUGACAUGCUAGAUCUGCCCUUUAGCAACGAGUAUUUUGACGUGGUUAUAGAGAAAGGAACUAUGGAUGUAUUGUUCGUGGACAGUGGUGACCCCUGGAAUCCACGGCCUGCAACAGUAAACAAGGUAAUGACAAUGCUUCAAGGUAUUCAUAGGGUUCUCAAACCAGAUGGCAUUUUCAUCUCAAUCACUUUUGGCCAGCCACACUUUAGGCGUCCGUUAUUUAAUGCUCCAGAAUUCACCUGGUCCGUCGAGUGGAAUACUUUUGGUGAUGCAUUUCACUAUUUCUUCUAUAUUUUGAAGAAGGGACAGAGAUCGUUAGAAAGCAACGGAAUCAAGGAGAGUGGCAACAUAACACCUACUAUAUCUCUUUUUCAAGAUGAAUUAGAAGAUGAAGACUAUAUUUUUAGAACCAGCAUCGACGACAUGGACAGCUAGAAGUGAUUGUAACUCUCUGUUCUUUUUCAUUUUCUGCCUUUCUUCCACUGUAAUUUUGAUUUGAUUCUACUUAUAACUGAAGUUCAAUAAAAUCAACAAAUAGAGAAUGAGAUUGAAGAAAGCUUGUUAUGUGUAUGUAUUUUAUGAUUAUUUACUCUAAUUUUGGUGA